AGCCGAGUUCAGUACGCCACACGAGCCCUCGUGCUCACGUGCCCGACAAGGUGCGCGCUCUCGACGACGCUGCACUGCCGCUGCGAUCGCCCUUCCUCGGCCUCCCCUCCGCCUCCCCGAGCCCCGCUGCCUCUUCUCGCUGCAAGCUCUCCCGUGCCUCACACGAGCUUUCUCACGAGUCACGCGUGCUUUCGGUGUUCCGCCGCCCGCACGAGUGAGCCGAAUGGACGCCGUCGCCGGCGAGAGACUUGCAGCGCGAGGGUCAUUCGUGGGGGCACGCUAAGCGGCCGCUUGUUGACCAUUCUUGUUCUUGCAGCGCACGAACAAGUGGGAACUCGGCCGAGGAGAGCGCAACGAGAGGAGGAUCAGUAUUGCGGCGUGGCGUCCGUGCUCGAUGUUGCUGCUGUUGGCCGCGACGCUGCUGAACCCACCGGAUAACUCAGAGAAUGCCUAACGACAACGCGACAGUGUGCGGCUGCGGCGUCAAGCUGGACCUGCCCAAGUCGCGCAACGGCAUGACGGCCAUAUCGACGCGCAACUACACCAUCCUGAUCCCCAAGUCGCUGUCGUCGUCGUCCUCGUCGGUCUCGGCCUCGUCCAACAAGAGCAGCGGCGCGGCCGGCGCGGCGUCCGGCGCCGGCAAGGCCGCGGAGGGCAGGCCGGCGGCGAAGAAGCCGAGCGAGAGCACGGCGGCGCGCGGACCGAACGCUCGGGCCUCGGGGACGGGGAGCAGCAGCUCCGUCGCCGAGCAGUCCGGCCGACGAGCCAAGCCCAGCAAGAAGGACAAGCGACUGCACCCAGCCCGGAGGUCUCGCAGCGCCGAGCGCGUCGAGUCGCACUACACGUAUAUUGACUCGGGCUCGAGCACGCUCAGCAUACACCGCGACGCCGUCGCCGAGGCUCUCUACUGCACGAUCGACGGCGAGGACGACGAGCCCGCGAGCGCGCCUCGGCCGGUCAAUCCCGGCUCUCAGCAGCAGCAGCAGCAGCAGCAGCAGCAGCAGCAGCAGCAGCAGCAGCAGCAGCAGCAGCAGCAGCAGCAGCAGCAGCCGCAGCAGCCACCGGCCAACAACGCGGCGGCAAGGCCCCCGUACGCCGUGCCCUCGAUGACCUCACCGCCACCCACCUACGACGUCGCCAUCGCUAAGUCUUGGCAGACUGGCUUGCCGCCGUCGUACGAGGAGUACCUGUUCCACAAGCACGCGCUGGUGACGCGCUCGCACACGCCGCCGCCACCCUGGACGGACACGUCCAACUCGACCUCGCUGAGCGCCGCCAGCGCCAACGCCAACGCCAGCCUCGAGCAGAUCAGCCGCGAGCUGCUGGCCAGCCAGCCCGAAUUGAGGGAGUACCUGACGCAGUUGGCGCUGCAGGACGGCGCCGAGCAAGCUGCCCACCAGUACCACCAGCUGCUCCUCCAGCAGCAGGCGCUCCGCAAACAGGCUGUCAGGCCGGUCGCCCAGAGGUCAAGGGCCAUGCCGCCAAGAUCGCAGAGCGAGAGCCGAGCACAGCAGCAGCAGCAGCGCAUCGCGACGAUGUACGAGGACGGGGCGUGGUGCAUGGAGACGACGGCGAUCCAGUCAGCUUUUGAAAACGGAGUCGCCUUCUGCAGCCUCAUGUAAGAGCUGGGAACUCGACUCGGCCGCCACUCGAAAGAGCAAAACAUUAGCGCACGCGUCCUUUGUUAAUCUGGCUGGUCCAGAUAUGAUACGACUUGCGCCAUUCUUUUCUAUACUUCGUACGUGGCUUAUUGCGUUCACUUAAUAACAGCGAUUAUUCUCCGUAUGUAAUGUGCCGUCACGCCAAAUUUACGCGUUCGCUCAUUUCAACAGAGUAAUCACGCAUAUUCUCGAUCAUUAUUUUGCAUACUUAGAGGCAUUCAAGAGGUGCUUUUUAUUUUUUAUGCUGCUUCUUGCGUAUCUAGAUAUUAGCAAUACGAUAAGCACGGGGAUAUAUUCUGAGUGACCAGAUGCUAUUUUUUGUAUGCGGUAGCGCGCCAGGAAACACCAAGCGUGCGGGAGUCCAUGCGAAUUGUGCAUGGAUUGGCGUGGCCCAAUGCCUCGUCAACUCUAAAAAAGGAAAAAAAAAAAAACCAAAACAAUGAAAAGCCAAAAAAAUGAUGAUACUUGGAAACUAAUGCAGGUACUCACCUAAGAAAAAACUGUGUUCUUGGCGGCAUGCUAAAAAAGUAAAUGGGUCUCCGCUUACUUGCCACAAUUUGUUCACCCACAAUUUUCCAAGAUCGCAAGAUGGCUUUGACUCAUUGGAAUGUGCGAUACAGUCCAUUAAGCUAAUAUUCUUUUUAUCUCCUUCGCUUGAUGUAAUUUAGACAAGCCCAGUUUGAAGUAAAGCGCUGUCAUUUCAUCGCGUUGAUUACCAAGUGAGAUCAAUACCAUUACGUUUUUGCAUCAAUUUUCGCCGCCAAAGAUAAUUAAACUGAAUGACGAUGGAACUUGGUAAGUAUUUUGGUGAAAACACUGUUCAGCUUUGAGUUGGCGUAGAAGUUAAAAUUGAAAUUUUCUCUCGAGAUAGUGAGUACACAUUUACCUUUCCGCUGCUCGUCAUUUUUUUACAACAAGUAAUUAGGUCAUUUAUCGUAAGGUUUUCAAUUGUUGGUAUAAUGUAUUACACGUUGUCAGGCCAAAUUUCGCGUGAUUAAUGUUCAUUCAAACGUCAUAGUGCAUAGUUUAUAAUGUGGAAUAUGUGUACGACUUACGUGGACUAUAAGUUUAUUGGUGGCCCUAUUGAUAAUUUUUCUUCGAUUUUUUCCCUAAUGCUACGUGGGAAAAUGAGUGCUCGUUCAAGUACGAAUCCCUUUGUGUAGAUUCAAUGUUUUGUAUUGCAAACUACGUAAAUUGAUAGAAGAGAAGUAAUACAUUAUAUCAAUAGAUUUGUGAAAAAUAUUUUGCGACUACAUGGGUAUUUUAAUCAAGAUAAUUUUCUAAAAACCCUUUGUUACAUUGCUAUUAUGUAAGUUAUUUAUUCUAAGCUCAUAUUAUUUUAAAUGAAAUACCAAGACCGUUGAUGUAGUUAUGCCGAACUAUAGUCUGUGCCAAAAACGUAAUUAGACAGUGUCACAUAAUGUACGGAUAUAUAUGUCAAUGUUGUUGUUGAUCUAUCUAGGCGAAGACAAGUCAUCUCGAUUCAUUUCGAGAGCGACGUAUAUGAGAUGAUUUCCGUUCGAACAUGACGAUUCAGUAUAGUCAGAGUAGUAUGAACAUCGAAGCAGUUUGGUGCUUUUGUUAGUUUUCGAGGCCCUCGGCGAAUAACACGAUGAAUUUCGUGACCCUUGUUAAAUCAAAGAACUGACUACAUCUCGCUCGUACAAUAUUCUAGAUGCAAAAUCAGAAGCGAUCGCGAAUGUUUUCCAAUAUUUUGCCAUCGCGAUUGGACGAUUUUUCAAAUACUAGCUGACAAAAAACAAUCAAUUGUAUGAUGCGCUCCUUCAAUAGGAAAAGCGAAGCGAACGUUUCAUAUCCAAAAGCUUGAUAAGGAUGUGUUAAGUCGUCCCGUUUUACCAAAUUGUUGAAAAAUAAAACGAAUCAUUCACGUCCUCGGCCGCAGCUAAUUGUGUAAAUUUGAUAUAGAAGAUAUACAAGUAACGAGUGUCCUAGUCUUAAUGAAAACCUACUGUAGAGACUGUUCUUAACGAUUCGAGCAAAUUAUGCUCGUGACAUCAUACACGUAUAUGAGUACGCACAAGUACAAAUAAUUCACAGAUAUAUGCAUGAACGAGGCGUUCGUGAAGAAGGUUGUUUGUUUUUUUUUCAGUGCGUUCCAACAAAAAGUCAUGAGAUUUUAAUGAAACUGGCGCAUGAAUCCGAUGAUAAAUUAUUUUUCUAAAGUAAUCAUUUCACCCAAAGACGUAAUGUCGCAAUAGCUCUAAUUUGUGUACAUUGAUUCGUCGUCAAAUUAUAAUACAUAGUCACUUUCGAGGCAGAAACCUUACAAUUUCACGCGGCAUUUCAGUUGUAUUUAAAUUACAAGACUUUUUAUUAGAACACUAUUGUACUUCGCCUAACGGCAUACUGAAAACCCAUACAUUCUAUUAGAGCUUAAAUUCGAUGUUGAACUCGAAAAAUUUUAUGAUAACGUAGUGCAGUUCACAUUCUUAACUGUCGGAUAAUGGAAUGUAUUAGGGGCCGUAAGUCCUAAGGAAUUUAAAAACUUGAUGAAACUUAGAUUAAUUUUUUUGGUGCGUUCUGCACGCGGCUGAAAGAAUUUGUUAAGUAUGAACAGUGAACAAUCUUUCCUUCGUGCAGGGUAUUUACAUUGCUUUACUCAAUACUUUUUUACGAAGUACUUUUUAUUAACAGGUGAUGUUUCAUGGUAUAAUUACUGAUAAGAUUAAUACAUAUUAAUCUAUAUAAUCUAAGGAGAUUAUUGUAUAAAAUACUGCAAAUUUUCCAAUUAUAUAAAAUAUAUAUUCAUAGUAAAGUAUCAUUUCAAAUUAUUAUCAACUGAUGCUAAUCUAAAAUGUUGGAAAAUGGUUCGCGUAUUCUCAUUUGAUAAAAUUCAAAUUUAAACUUUAACGAGACAAAUUAUUUACAAAAUGAAAUAUCUCUUGAAAUAUACACUCAAUCGGAUGUCGCAUAUUAUUUAUAAUUCGAUCACUUAUUCCUUUUUAUGGAAGUAUAAAAGGCUUCACGCAUUUAACCCUGAAUACAUUUUAAAAUCAUUUAUAAAAUAAUUUAUUAAAUGGCUUAUAAGUUGUUUGUAAUUACUAGGAACUGGUAGAGCACUUAACUUGAUCCACAUGUAGUUAUAUACAUUAUCAAAAAAUGAAUAGCAAAAAAUUUUUUAAAUAGCACUUGAAAAAUUUGAUUUACAUAUGAGAGUACGGAAAAUUCUGCAGCUAUUCCAAGUUGUAAUUGCUUAUUAUGUCUAAGCGCACAUACGUCUGAUUGCUAUAUAAAAACCACUCUUCAAAUGAAAGAAUAAUAACAAGAACCCUCAAGUACUAUGAUUGACAUUUGGAUUAUGGAACUGCCAUGAGCGCAAAAGUUCUAAAAUGUAGUGUUAUGAAAUAUGUAAUGUACGUGCUCGCUCUCAUUAAAUGCGUUCAUGAUACCUGCGCAUAUGCUAAAAGUAUUCUCUAAAAUAAAAAAAAAAGUUAGUAAAUAAAACGAGACUUUUCGUCUACGUUAUAUGUUGAAAGUUAAAGCGAGUUUGUAACAUUAACGUUAAAAUUAGAGAAUAUAAACUCAAGCUACAAUCUAGGAAACAAAACUUUUACGUCCUAAACCUUUUUAAUUAUUGUUUUACAGACAUAAACUUCCUAGUUUUCUAUACUUAUUUAUUUACCAAUCAUGUAUACAUCUAUAGAAAAGAUAGGCAAAUCAUUAAAAUUAUUCCAAGUUUUCCGUUUAGCGAUCGAAGCAGAAAAAUCGUUUUCAUAUGAUAACAUAUUAUUGGUAUAAAAUUUAUAUAAAAUGUGGGCUCAUCAAAUUUUUAACAUUAGUAAUCCAAUUUUUUGUACAUACUCAUAAUAAAAAAUUAUUUACAAUGAUUUAAUGUUGAAAGUGGGAAUUGGCAAAUCACGACAAAACUUUGCUCGCAACGUAAUUGAAACAGAAUAUUGCAUACGUUGAUAAGCAAUUUUGAGGAUUCUACCCGUGUUAUAUAUUUUAUUUAAUUGAUAUGCAAAUCGUGAUCGAGUAUAGCAACUGCAAGGUUUCGUGCGCUCACAAACACCUGCGAGUAAUAGAAAGAUGAUAGAAAACGGAAUAUUUUCAUUUAUAAACUUUCUCAAUUGAAAAUCAUUAUUAUACCAAGAUAAACUUGGCAAAAUAUGGACUUACUAACUAACUUUCUUGAAUUGACAGAGAGAGAGUAUCAAGGUAAUGGGUCACCGUAUUUUCUGAAACUUCGAAAGGUAGUUUCUGGUGACCUAAAGUCUAAGAAAAAAGUAUCAAAUCUAUCUUAUGUGCAUUUUAUUCCUAGAUAUGGGUAUUAACCAAAAAAAUCACUAAAACUAAAACAAUUUUCUUUCUGAUAGUUUGACUUGAGUUUUAUUUAGAAUAAUUAUAAAGAAUUAUGUUGAUAGCAGAAAUCAAGAACUUUCAUUUCAUCAUACCUUAGACGGCCAAAAAUAAUAUAAUAAUAAUAAUAAUAUUCAAUGCGACCAUCACAAGACAAAAUAAAUCAGAAAAAAACAAGAUAAUCGGUAUUACUUAUAACAUGCCGUCAAAAAAUUUUUAAUUCAUGUUAUCUGAAUUGAAUAUUAUUGUUUUGGGUCAUACAGAAUAUCAAAUUAAAGCCUUGGUUUCUACUAUUCGUAGAACUUUUUACAAUGGUAGUAAAUAGUACGAACAUAAGAAUUGAAAUUGAAAUAUAAGAAGUCAGUUUUAAUUUCAGUAAUUUUUUACUUUAAUGCCAGUAUCUUGGAACGAAAGACAUGUUAGAUGAUUUUGAAAUUUUUUUUAUAGAUUAAUAAAUUUCAUAUUACUAGAAACCAUUUCUUUAAAUUUCCGGAAAAUCGCUGAUUCGGUACGUACUCCGACACUCUCCUUGUGAGAGUAAAAGGAUAACAUUCAAUGUAGAUAUAGUAAAAGAAACGGCGGAUUACGAAAAUAUAAUAUAAAAAUUAAAGUUAUUUUCUUUAGGAUAUCUUAUAUUUUUGAGGAUAAGCAAGUGUAGAUAUUGAAAAUAUUUUAAUGAGAUUGGUUUUGAUAAUUUACGAAAUAUACUAAAAUGGAAAAUUUAUUCUAAGUAUCUAUGUCGUAAAGAAAUGUAAGAGUAUAUAAUCCUGCUGUAAAAUAAAUGUCCCAACUGAUGAAAAAGUAUUUUUUUAAAAAAUUUUCAUAUUUAUUUCUAUAAAAAAUGUAGAUAGGUCUGAUAUCAAAAUUUUUCUAUAGUUACGUAAUAUUUCAAUUGUCAGUUUGUCCGACAUAUAUUUUACUUAUACAGUGACGUAUUUAAAAAAAAAUAAAAAAUAAAUAAAUAAUUUUUAUCUGUACAUAUGAUUAUAUAGAUGAUCAAUAAUUUGGGACAUUUAUAAAGAUUGAAUUAGAAGGCUUUGGAAAGCUUUUAAGUACACUGACAGAAAAAAUAAAGAAAAAUAAACAGAGAGAAAGUAUGAUUUUCACGGAGACUUGUAUUUUUGUAAGAAUCGAACGUUCAUCUGUCCGGGCGUAUGGUCGAUGAUGUCAGUCAAUGAGAUGCCAAUUUCUUUAUUAAAAACCUAUCGUUAAUGUAAAAAAAUACUGUACUUUUACUGCCCAGACAAGUGCAGUAAAAUUAGAAUUAAUAUGCGGAUAAUUAUGUUAAACAUCAAUCGUAUUACGUGUUGUGUAUAUUAUAAAUGUUUAGAGGACCAAGGAAUAAAUUCUACCGAUGUAAAAAGUGAAAAUAUGACUUUUUUGCAUCAA